GGAGUGACGCAUCUGUAAAUAGACUUGUCUUCAGCCUCACACUUUUUUCACACUUCCUCAUAUCUGUUCAUCUGAGCUGCUGAUGGUGUGUCUGAUGGAAAUAAGGCUUCAGAUUUUCACUCACAAUUAUGAUUUAUUUUGUCUCUGCUGUGUUUAUUUUCACUGGUGUGUGUGGUGUGUCAGCGAUAGACGUGUUCACUCCAGAAGAGGUGUUUGUGGAGAACGGGACCACAGUCACUCUGUCCUGCAGCUUCAAGUCUAGAGAAGUGAUCAGUAGUUCAGCGUCAGUGACGUGGUCUUUCCUUCCGGAGGGAGAAACCGGAGCGUCCACUUCAAUCUUCUAUUACACUGCUGGGAAGUCGUUUCCGGGCUCGGUGCCGCAGUUUAAGUCUCGUGUGGAGUGGGCCGGAGACAUGAACAAGAAGGACGUGUCAAUCCGUGUGAUCCAGAUGCAGUUCAAGGACAACGGGACGUUCAGCUGCGACGUGAAGAAUCCUCCAGACAUCUCCGGACAGAUGUCCAUCAUUAAAGUCAGUGUGGUGUCUUCUACACACUUCUGUUUGAAAGGCAUUUGACUGACUGGAAUCUGU